AUCCUGUUUGAGGUAUUCAGGUUAUCUCGGCUUCUACCUGCUGGAGGACUUCGGUACCACAUCACCACACGGCGCCAUAUUAGAUACACAUUAUAUUGCAGCGGACGAAGUCAAGGAAAGGGAACUGGACUCCAGAUGACAAGGCUUCUCAGGCCGCAGUAGUCAAUUCUCAAAACACUCGAGGUGAAUGUUUAUGGUUGACAACGAGUAAUUUAGUCAAACAUCUCGGGCAGUGCAGUCCGAGGCGUGCUGUUUUCGUCGUUGUUUCGCUGAGUUGCCGGCAGACAUGUCUUCCUUGGUUCAGCGGAGCUCGGGCCUGGUGCAGAGGCGGACCGAAUCCUCGCGCAACGCCGCCGACAAAGACCGUCCGGACGGCGAGGAGGACGAGGAGCCCCGCCGGGGAGACGAGCCGGACGAUGACGAUACCGGAGACUCCAAAGAAACACGUCUCACCUUGAUGGAAGAAGUGCUGUUGUUAGGACUGAAGGACCGAGAGGGCUACACCUCGUUCUGGAAUGACUGCAUCUCAUCAGGGCUGCGGGGGUGCAUGCUGAUCGAGCUGGCUCUGCGAGGACGUCUGCAGCUGGAGGCGUGUGGCAUGAGGAGGAAAGGUCUGCUGGCCAGGAAGGUGAUCUGUAAGUCAGACGCUCCGACGGGCGACGUGCUCCUGGACGAAGCACUCAAACACAUCAAAGACACUCAGCCCCCCGAGACCGUGCAGAGCUGGAUCGAGCUGCUGAGUGGAGAGACGUGGAACCCCCUGAAGCUUCACUAUCAGCUGCGGAACGUCCGUGAGAGGCUGGCCAAGAACUUGGUGGAGAAAGGCGUCCUCACGACUGAGAAGCAGAACUUCCUGCUGUUCGACAUGACCACACACCCUCUGACCAACAACAACAUCAAGCAGCGCCUUAUCAAGAAGGUCCAGGAGUCCGUUCUGGAGAAGUGGGUGAAUGACCCGCAUCGAAUGGAAAAGCGGCUGCUGGCGCUCAUCUUCUUAGCCCACUCCUCUGAUGUGUUGGAGAAUGCCUUCGCCCCGCUGCUAGACGACCAGUACGACCUGGCCAUGAAGAGAGUGCGCACGCUGCUGGAGCUGGAGCCCGAGGGGGAGAGCCUGAAGGCCAACGCCAACGAGCUGCUGUGGUCCGUGGUGGCCGCCUUCACCAAAUGAGGCCCCACAGAGAGGACAGCGAGCAGUUGUGGCAUUCAAGUGGCAUUGUACUUUGGGGAAGGAAUCAGAGCCCCCAACAUGGUGACUUGACUGAAUUACAGUUCCCCCCCCCCCCCACCUGGGCUUUUGGAAUGGGCUGCCCUCUUUCCUCAUCUCUCUUCCUCUGCUCUUUAUUUUCCUUCCAGAUGACUGUCCAUGUUGAUCCUCCAUGGCCACGUCCCCCCCCCUGUGACGUUCGUGUUCACUUUUGCUAAAAAUAAUAACUAAUGGAACUCUGGAUGAAGUGGUAGGGUCAUGAUUUGGGUGGAGGCUGAAAUCAAGAUUCAUAUCCUUUUAAUUUUCUAUCGGGUGUAUCUUUGGAACUGUUUAUGGAGGUACGGUAUGUAAGGCACAGGCGACUCAAGGUAGCGUCCUGACCCCCCUGAGAAUAAAAUAACUAACGGAGAUGUGCAGGGCGGUGAUGCUUCACAGGAAGGAAAGGUUAGCCUGUCUUUAAAUGUAUGGAUACAAUGUGUUCGGUGUCACAGCAUUCAUCAACUUUAAAAUCAAGGACUGGGUAGAAACUAAUGUGAGAUAUGCCCUUAAAUCUAUCCUGGAUGUUAACCUGUUAGUCCUGUGCAGGGGGCUGGAGACUGACACUGGCAGGGGGUGCUACACCCUGCACAUGUCACCAAUAUAUCAUUGGGCUGACACAGAGACAGACAGCCAAUCACACCUGCAGGCAGUUUCAAGUUCAUCCGAUCUGCAUGUCUUUGGACUCUGGUGGGGGGGGGGGGGGGGGGGUGGGGUUGAUGCAGGCACUUGGUAAAGAUGGCAACAGCACUAACCCCCCCAGCCUGAGAGCGCCCUACAUUCCAUCGCUGCUGGCCACGAGUGUGGAAGAUGGGUGGUCUACCUACACAUGCAUGGAUACACACAGGCCCUGGAAUAUGGAGUGUUGACUUGUGACUUAUCACUUACUUACACCUCAGCCCCAUUGAAUUCUGGGAAACCAGUUUAAAAUGAAAAGCCAAAAUAUAGAGAACUUAAUUUAACGGACCCAUUUAGGUUAACACAGUGCCGAGAUAAUACAAAUUCUAAAGUUUUGCUCACAUGUCUAAUUGACAGGGCUGAUAGAAGUGCUACGUAUGAUAAUGAAAGGCAAAUAGAAAAUUAUGUUAAUCUUUCUGUCAUAAAAAUAUCAUACUGUUUUAAAUAUCCUCUGGCCAGUAGUAUUUUUUUAUUCGCAAUUUAAUGGGAAUUUUGGCGGAGGACUUGGGCUCGUAUCGAAUCUUAUCCAGAUGCACUGGCAAAAUGUGUGCACGUCUAACAUUAAGUACAUUCAGGAUGUAGUAUCAUUUGAAAGCAUUCACAUCUUAGUCUGGGUUUAGCUUGAUACAAUGUGUAGUUUAUUGGAUUUGGUAGUAUCAUCCAACAUCAUUUUUAUGUCCGUUAAAUGAUUCAAACCCUCUUUGCAUAAGCGCCUGUUAAGUGUCAAAUUCAACGAUUUUAGUGGCAGAAGCACACUCUGGAAUCGGACCCAAUCAACAAAAAGUUGUCACUUAUUAGUGAUUUAAAAAAUAAUCCCAAAUGAAGUAAUCUACAGGUUUUGACGCUAAAUGAAAUCAUGUAUGUCGAUCUCCUCCCCAGCAUUUGAGUUUGCCACCUGGACUUCAUUUAAAAAACAACACCUUCAAGUCAAAUGUUUUGAGGUCACCUAAAACAUUUGGUCAAUCGGUCAAUGAAUGUGAAGAUAAAUGUGGGUUUCAGCUCUUCUCCAGCACAAGGAGAGGUUCUGGAAGUGUUUCAAACAGACUGGAUCACACAAACAUGUUCCCAUUGCUCCUUCAAACAUCAUUUGCGUGAUUUGUUCUAAUGCUCUGCAUUUAAUCUGUUGAGCCUGGCUGAAACACUCUAGCCUCACCCUGGUCAUGGAUGCACAGAGCUGAAAUAGAUCUUCUCAUAUAUGCGUGGUGACAGACAAAGUGUGUUUUCUUAAAUGUCAGUGAUGCUUUAAUGUGCAGACAGUCUUACUUUGCAGCUACUUGUGAAUGCUCUCAAAUGAAAUCCAUUGUAUGAACUAAACUUGGAUGAUCUAACAUGCCCACCAAUGUGUAAUCAGAGGAAUCACAUGAUGGGCUCACAUUCCAGAUGGUGGUGUGUAUAUACUUGUGUAUUUGUCUAUGAUGGUUCAGCUGCACUGUCUUUCAAACUGUUGUUACAUAGUGCUCUAAAACAUUCAUCAAAGCCUUUCACCAUUAACCAUACCUUGCUAUUAGUUUGUCUUUGCCUCAAUGUUUUUAUUUGUGUCAUUAUUCAGUUUUAACAAGUUUUGCUACUCAAAGACAUUGCUUUAUUACAGAUGGCCUCCCUCUGGUAUAGUAUGUAGCAAAGAGCUGCGAGUGAUGGUGGGAGAAGACAAGAGGUGGCCAAGAGAUUUAUGCACCAGAAAUCACCUCAAAAUGCGACGUGAAUAUGAGAUUAUAUAUGUUAUCUAAAUAAAGGGACCUCUAGUCUGUGUACUACUUUCUUUGACCCUAAAAAUAAACCAAGAGCUUGGAAGUGCCUAAACAUA